AUCUCCGUAUUUCCCAUUCAAGUUUCCGUUGGAAACACAAGGAAACAGAGCGUCAUGCUAAGUUCUUACCACGCGGCAAAUAUGAUAGCAAGUCCAUACAAGAAAACACCCUGCAAACAAUCAGAAAAACUUGGUUUAAUAUGCAAGAGGAAGUAAUAAUGACCCAUUAUCUGAAUUAAUGCAUUAUUAUUUGCCUAGCAUGGAAGCAUAUUCAAAACCCGUCAUUAUUUGUGCAGCUUUCGUUAACCGACACAAAAAAGUUGACCUUAUCUCGCGAAAGAGGUUCAAGUAAAAAAAAACUUUAUUUUGGCCAGGAAAAAGCAAUGAAUUCUAAACCAUUUUUGAAUGGCACACAACUGAACCAGUCUUGCCUCCCAAGUUAUUUAAAUGGGAUUUCUCUGGAGACAGCGCAUGGAUUCUCACUCGUGUUUUGUAUUCUCCAAGCACUGUUUGCUGCGCCUGCAGUUGUCCUUAAUGUAAUAGUGAUGGCGGGCAUAAUACGAACUUCGUCGCUACACAGACCAUCGUAUUUAAUGCUUGGAAACUUAGCCGUUUCUGAUGUCGGCGUCGGUUUACUAGUUAUGCCUUUUACGGCGCUGCUAGAAGGUGCAGUGUCUUCUGGAUGGGAAAGCGCGCUCUGUAAGCUAGCAUAUACGAGGGAUCUAAUCGGCAUGUUUUUUGUCGGUUCGUCAUUUUUUAAUGUUGCUUUAGUCAGUGUAGACAGGCUCCUUGCGCUGGAGUUCCAUUUGCGCUACAACGCGCUCGUCACCUCCAAAUCAGCUUCCGUCGCGCUUGCUCUUACAUGGGUAACCGCUGGUCUGUUGACUGUUUCUAAGAUCUGGAGUCAUAAGUUGUUUUUGCAAAUACAAAUGAUAUUGGGACCUGUGAUUCUCCUCAUGAGUACCGCAAGCAACAUACGGAUCUAUUACAUCGUUCGUCGUCACCAAAGGCAAAUCCAUCGUCAAGUGAGAUCUUUGACGUCAAGCGUUGCUAAUAUGAGUCCUAGGCCCAAUCACGUGACAUACACGUGUUGGAUUUUCGGCGCGUUUUUGAUCUGCUAUUUCCCGUAUAUUGCACAUAUUUUGAGCCGAUUGCUAGGGUUUGUCGACGAUAUUCUCGUGUUUCGAUUCUAUACCAUCAGUCUAUUUUUAGCUAACACCAACUCUGUAGGUAACCCGCUGCUGUACUGUUGGCGCAUGCGUAAUGUAAGGCGUGCAAUGAUGAAUCAGCUUCCGGUCACGUGGCAGAAAAUAAUGGGAGGAUCGAACGCGAUUGGAUAACAAUGCACAGGACAGGAUUAUAUGUAAUGUGUUUCUGUGUGCGUUUUCAAUACCCAAAAUGUCAAAAAAUACUGUAAAACAGAAACAUUGAUAAAAA